UUUUCCGAGUUCUCGAAAACCGCCACUAUUUUUGUAUAUUUUUGAAUUAAUUUGGAGUAAAAAGCAGUUUAAACAUUUGUAAAUAAAAUAAUGAGUGUUCUACAUCAAUAUAACUGUAACGUAUUAAUGGAUCACAGUAAAUUUUUAAAUGAAAUGUACAGUAAUGUUUCUUCGUCCGCUUCCGCCAAUGAAAGUAAUGCUUAUAAAAUAAACCAGUGUUUGUUUAAUAUAAUUAUUGACAAAGGACUCAGAGAGGUACCUAUUAAGAAGAGAAAGCUACAGGAUCAAGAAUUAAAUGAGGAAUGUUCAAGAGUAAAAGAUAUGUACGAGCAAUUUUUAGACAAACUACCACCUGAAUUCAAGCGAAGUCCUCUAAAAAAUGGUUCAAGUGAAGUGCGGGAUCUAGCCCAAAAGCUAUUUGAGGCGACUGUGUUUGAACAUAAAGGCAUAAUUGGUGGAAACAACUCAGAUUCUGCACUCAUAUGUUCAGUAAAGGAUGAGCAAUUCCUGAUACCUUCUAAUUGUAGCUUCUAUUGUGGCUGUGUAAAGGAGCAAUGUGAUAAACUGACUGGCAAGUUUGACAUAGUGGUAGCAGAUCCUCCCUGGUGGAACAAGUACAUAAGGAGGCUGAAGCAUGCUAAUGAUAAGCUCAGUUACUCCAUGAUGUACAAUGAAGACAUUGCCUCCAUACCUGUGAAAAACCUGCUAUCUCCAAACUGCCUUGUUGCCAUGUGGUGCACAAAUGCACCAAGCAAUAUAGCAGCUGUUAAAGAUUUGAUAUUCCCUCAGUGGGGCGUGGAGUACUUGACUACCUGGUACUGGUUAAAGGUCACAACAGAUAUGGAGCCGCUAUGUGAAUUCAGCUCUGGAUGCAAGAAGCAACCUUACGAAAGGAUCAUACUGGGAAAAGUAGGAGAUGUAACUGUGCCAGAGGAGCAGUUAAUCGUCAGUGUUCCGAGCGCUUUGCAUUCACACAAACCUCCUUUAUUAGAACUCCUAUCACCAUACGUAAAAACAAGCAAUCCACAAAUCCUGGAGCUAUUCGCGAGGUACCUCCUACCAAACACGACCAGCGUCGGCUUCGAACCGCUCAAGUGGCAGCAUGUAUCACUGUAUGAGAAAGUUAGUUGAUGAAUAAAAGAGAA